AGGCCUGGGCGCCCGGGCGCAACGGGCGGUGCCAGCGGCAAUCUCCGCGCCCCACCUCGGCCGGCCGCAGGGGAAUCCUCGGCCUGCACCUGGAGACUCCCAUCCUCGCCCCGGACGCCGCCCCGGCUCCGGGAAGCCGCUUCCCUUCCCUCAAAUCCCCGGGACAAGAAGGAAAAAACUCCUUCCCGGCCAGCUCAGGGCAGCGCCUCCGGACGAAGAAGGAGCGGGCAGCGGAGGGGUCAGCGCCCCUGGCCCCGGGGAGGACGCGGCGAUGGCUGACGGAGGAGGAGGAGAAGGGUCCAGCCUCGCCGGGGGUUCCUCCUCCUCCUCCUGGUGGAAGUCUCUGACGAACAGCAGGAAGAAAUCCAAGGAGGGCAGCGCGGGUCCCCCGCCGCCCCCCGGAGAGCCGGCCUCGCCCAGCCAGGACCGGCCGGCCUGCUCCCGGGAGAACCAGCACCCCAAUUUCCUCGGGGGCGGGGACCCCCACCGGCCCAAUGACAAAGUGACCAACGACAAGCCGGCCGGCAGCCGCCGCAACCUGAAGAUCUCCCGCUCGGGACGCUUCAAAGAGAAGAGGAAGGUGCGAGCCACGCUGCUGACCGACGGCCCCGACGAGGUGGACCCCCCGGCCGCCCCCCGAGAAGAGAGGCCGUAGCCGGACCAGGGGGUCCCCGACCCUCCAGCCACCCCCCCUCUCUGGACCCCAAGGGACCCUGCGGCCGAGACCCCCCUCCAACCCCUUCUUGCCCCACCCACUCAGCCCCCAAGAUUUCACCCCCCUGGAAAUUGAAGUGUCAAUUGAGUUUUCAAUAUUUCAUGAUCCAAGGAUGCAUUAAGUAUUUAUUUGUUGUAAGAGAAGACACCCGCUGUGCUGGAGAUGGAUAUAAUAAUUAUUAUUUUUUUUAAAGACUGCUCUCCUUUUCUACCCCCUCCGGGGCCAAAGGGCUUUUGUUCCGCCACACACUGCUGCGUCAAUGAUGAAUUGAGGCCCCGAUUCGGAACUUUUAGUGGGAAAGAAAAUCAGUGCUGUUUUAAAUACUUGGAAAUGCACUUUAGGGAGUUAUCUCAGUAGCUGAAAAACUUAUCAUGGGUGGCUUUUACUUGGAAAAGUCGGGGGGGAGGAAGGAAUCAUUAUUGGUCAGACACAGGUUUGCUUUUAAUAACUAAGUGCAAAACUGUAAUGCUUGUUUCUUCUGUGGAAAAUUAAAUGCGUGGCAGUAUCAGCCGGGAUGACUUGGGUUUUUUUUUUGUUUUUUUUUUUUUUCAGUUUGCAAGAACGAAAACUUAGGGCAGGUUAGAAAGGUCUUCAGUGUCCCAGAGUUAAUUAUUGGCCACAAAACAUAAAAGCCACCCUAAUCUGCAGUAGGCAGGAGAACACUCUGUAGAGACUAGCAGAAUCAACCAGUUUGCUCCAUUUGUAAACCAGAUUUUAAGAGUGGAGACCCUAAUUCAUUCCCUUUUUAGAUUGUUAGCCCCCAGAGGGACUGGGGUUUUGUCUAAUCCCCACCUGUGUAUUAUAUAUCCCGGAGAUUUAGUGCAGUGCUCUGCACACAGUAAAUGCUUCAUAAAUACUACUACUGCCACUAAAAGUUUUCUUUUACCUUA